AUGGACAUCAUGUUUACGCAAUACGCUGUACAUGUAGUUGAUGUUGGGGCAGUUGUACACAGACUUGCAGACUGCGCAAUUGAGUACAUGGACUGGUUUCGUCGGAUUUCUCAUCCAUAUAUCAUUCGUAGAGAACCACUCUAUGUAGCACCUUCGGUUGCAGAACCUGCCGAUGAUGAUCAUGCUUCAGAAGAAACAACGCAUCGAGCAAUACAAAUUGCAGAGGAGCUUCUUGGUCGACAGCUGGUAUUACCUGAUGACAUCGCACUCGUGAAUGAAUUAAUUUUGAUAUUGCGAUCUCAGAUGGGUGGUGGUAGAGAUUGGACUCAUGUAGUUCCAUAUCGCAGGAGAUAUAGACAGACUUAG